CCUUGAUGUACAAAUAUCGCGUGCUUGUAGUCGAUUCGGGGCUCUUUCGGGCUCUUGCUAGAUUCCCACGCUGACUUCACCCCUCUCAUCGAACGUACAGUGGAUCUAGUCACGUGCUUAGGGCUUGCCUUCUAAGGCGCCAUGGCAGACGAUUUGAGCCCACCAACUGGCUUUGUUACAAUCGAUCAGGCCACUAAUCGGUCUUCUAACCAGUUUCUUGUAAACAUCAUCGGCAUAAUAACGGAUCGAAAUGUUGGAACUACUCGGACGGGUGACUUUGUCCUCACCUUCAAUGUCUGGGACACAACUGCGCAAGACAUCUACGGUCUCAAGGUCAGAGGCUUCUUGAAGCCUGAUAAGACGCCCGAGUUGUGUAAAGGAGAUGUUAUCAUGCUCACCCAGAUAAAGAAAAACAGCAAUGUGCAAUAUGGUCUGACUUAUAUGUUCAACUAUGGAGUAUCUAUGGCAGUGGUCUUUCCGAAAGCAUCCCUUCCAGAUCCGAAGCGAAGAGCAGACAUCGCCCGUGGGGUCACGAGAGUGACAUAUAAGACAGCUAUUGGCGGACCCAUGCACGUCAAACUGCCACCUCUUUCGGAGGUACAACUGUACGUUUUCGAUCUGGCCUUACGACGUAGCGAAACCUCUGUUACAGACUAUCGAUUUCCAUCUCCCGCUCAGACCCAUGCACACUCAUCUAAUACUCUCUCUCGGGCUACAUCAAACCUCCCGUCUCAGGGACACCAGUCAUCCAGGGAGAUGUGGCCAGCCAUUCAUGGCAUGCCAGCAACAACUGCUAGUAUUUCAACUGUUAGGAAUAAUGAACGGACUUCUAUCAGUGCGGGGACCACGAAGACUAACAUGAAAUUUCGGUUACUGAAGGAUCUCAGGUUGGAUCAGUAUGCCGACUUGACUGUGGAAAUCGUGAAAAUAUUUCCUCGGACACAUAGAGAAGGUGCGGAUCUGUACGCUACGGAUUACACCUCUAAUAGCAUGCUGUUCGACUACCUGUCCCCGGAAGAAGAAACAGCGCUCCACGGGGGAGACCGAGAUCUCCAGGACUACGGGAUUGGCCCUAAAAAAGGCUGGCAUGGACCUUUGGGCCAAUACACUAUCUGUGUAGAUGUUUGGCCACCACAUUCGAAUGCUCUUAUACACAACUUUCGCGAGGGUGACAUCUGCUUUCUCAAAAAUGUCAAAACUAAGAUAUCACAAGAAAACAAACUUGAGGCACGCAUGUCCGAAGACUAUAUCAGUAAAGACCAAAUCAAUGUCCGCCGUCUCAAUCACGAACAUGAACUUGUCAGACGUCUAUUCCAACGCAAGGACGACUAUAACCGACAGCAAACUGUGAACCCCGUCCCGCACAAGACGAGACAGCAGAAGAAAAAGGUGAGGAGGGCUCACCAGGCAAGAGAGGAAGAGGAGCGACGAGCGCUCGAAGAAAACGAGUCUCGUCGUUUGGACGACACCAACUAUCUUCCCAAAUCCCUUCAGAAUAACGAACCAGAGUCCUCGCCACCUCUCAAACUCCUUUCGAAUCAGAACAUCGUCGCCUCAUACCCUUCCCAACAGUAUACCUCCGCAGCCGACAUCAUUAAUAGCCCACAUCUCAACGCACCGCUUUCUCCCGACUCGGAUCCAUCCACCACCCCUAAGUCCCUCCCUUUCACAAACGCGCGCUACCGCACCCUGCUUCGAGUCAUAGAUUUCUACCCGUCUACCCUCGCCGACUUCUCUCACUGCCUCUCCGAUCCAUCAUACAACCCACCCACUGCCUGCGACACCUCCGAUAACGACGUAGACACUGAAUACCAAACACAAACACUCUCCCAGCACGGCCGUCGGAACUGGGAAUGGGCUUUCGCGCUCCGCGUCGAAGACGCUCUACCGCCCACCAAUCCCCAACCCAGCAACUCACAACACAAACCUGCGCAGUUCACACUCAUCGUGCCGCCCAAAUCAGCCGAAUUCCUCCUGAAAGUGACGGCAUGUGACCUACGGGCUGACAAGAGAGCCUUGGCCGAGCUGAGAGAAAAGCUGUUCAUCCUAUGGGGUGAUCUGGAGGAGAUCAAGCGCGAGGACGGUAUGGAGGGCGCACCGACGGAUUACCGUCCGAAGAACCAGCCGUUUGAGGCGUGCGUGGUGGAAUAUGCAACGCCGGACGCGUAUCCCGAGAGUGGCUGGGCCAGGCAGUGGGCGCUAGUUGAGACGACUAUUAAGUGAAAUAAACGGUGUGUUUACGUGGCGAGAGUUGCGGCUG